AUGAAUAAUCAAAAUCUAUCAAGGAAAAGCGCCCUUAGAUCGCUUACCCCCUUUCUAGAUAAGCAGGGAUUAAUUCGUGUCGGUGGAAGAUUAAGAUACGCGGAUCUUUCCCAGGAACAGAAGCAUCCUAUCGUUUUGUCAUCCAAGCAUAAUUUGACUCUUUCCAUCAUGCGAGAGGAACACAAAAGAAUGUUACAUUGUCCCCCAGAACAACUGUUGUACAGUGUUCGAUCAAUGGUUCCCGAUAUUUGCAUGGGAGACCUGUCCAAAGAAAGGGUGACGAUACUUUCACGACCAUUUAUGGUGACUGGCGUGGAUCCAUUGCAGAUACGAGAGAGUCGUCGGCGCGGACGAAUUCAUGUCUCGAAGGAAUACAUAGCGGUAUUCGUGUGUUUCAGCUCAAAGGCUGUGCACUUAGAAAUUGUGACCAGUCUUACGACAGAGGCCUUUUUAGCAGCCUUAAGUCGCUUCACGGCGAGGCGUGGACUAUGCGCGCAAUUGUUCUCGGAUAACGGUACGAACUUCGUGGGAGCAGUCCGAGAUUUGCGAGAAAUUCAGGAAUUUUUAGAAAAUUCAGAACCAGAUAUAAUGAUCUUCCUGGCUAAGCAAAAGAUCAAUUGGAGCUUCAACCCUCCCAGGUCGCUUCAUUUUGGAGACUUGUAA